AUGACUCUUAGCAGUGUGGCUGAAAAGCUUUUCCAACAUUUUAACAUUGAUACCAAACAGUGGUCAUACUCACGUAUAACUGUUGCAUUAUUAGCUCAUGAAUCUUUUGGGAUUGGUUUAGCUCUGGGUUUCUGGAUAAUAUGCUAUAAAAAGCAACCAGUUAGGUGUCUCACAUCAUUUGCUCCCGUUGCCAUACAAAACAUUUAUUCAAAGAUUGAAUUGGUCGGCAAGAAAACUCCGUCAGCUACCUUUAUUCGUUUCUUCACAGGCAGAUCCUAA